UCAGCGAGGAAAGGGCGGAGUAAAUCACAUUUCUCUACAGUACAGUAAGUGUUAUCUCACUUUACCACAGCGGGAAAUCUCUUCAAUACAUCGACAGACAAUAACAUGGAGGCGGUGUACGAUACACAUAACCUUCAUUGAGUACAUUUUCAUGUUAAAGUGUUCCUGUAAAGCGCACUAUUCAGGGAAGUUGGCACUGUGUGGAUCUUCUCAUAAUGGACAGAGAGCUUCCUGAAAUCAAUGACAACGUUACACAUUACACUGCUGUGGAUAAAGACUCUGGUUCAACUUCAGAUACAGAGACUGUUGACCCACAAACACACAAGAUGGCUGAUGAUAAAGCAGACCAUAAAGUGAGCACAGUUGAAAAGCAACUCAGCUUGUCAAGUGAAGAGGAGCAUAACAGCAUCGCUCAAAGCGUGCAAAUGACAACAGAGGUAGACAGUAAUCAGAGGGAUAUUGAUCUGGUUCUGGACAAGAUGCAUGAUGACACUGAAUGUGAAAUACCCAAAGAAGAGGAAAAUCCUAAAGGAAAAGGACAGAAGAAGAAACCUAGAAAUCCUUUUAUGCCCCAAGCUGCAGCAAAGAGCAAAAUAGUACAGAACAGGAAUGGAAACCAAGAAAGUGGAAAUGACAUUGACUCUGCGGAGACUGAAGACCGUAGGAAGUCCCGCAGUGAAUGGCUGGAUGAGGUUCGCUCACAUGAAUCUCAAAGGGAGGAUGAGGAGGAUCUUAAUGGCCUCAUGGAUUGGUGGAGCACUGUGGAACAAUGGGAGGACAUGCCCAAAGGUGACAGCAUGACAGAAAAAGAGGAAGCCGAGGCUUUUGCUUUAACAGCUGAGAAGGUGCAGAAGGGCAUUCGUGUGUUUAACAAACUGUUCUCUGAACGAGCGGAGGGAUUGUGGCAGCACGUGAUCGACCUGCACGCCAUUGCCGACGGCCUGGACCGCUUUAACAAGAAGACCAAGAUCGCUCAGAUCACCGGCGGCUCCACGAGUGCUUUGGGAGGCAUUGCCACCAUUACUGGCUUCGCCCUGGCACCUUUCACCAUGGGAGCCUCACUGAUCGUGACCGCAGUUGGCUUGGGGGUCGCCAUGGCUGGCGCGCUGACGUCUGCCUCUGCCGGGAUAUCCAAUACCGUCAACAACUCUAUGGAUCGCAAGAAAGUGGAGCGCAUUGUGGAGGACUACCAAGAGAAGAUGGCUGACCUCGACAAGUGCAUGAAGUUCAUCAAGCAAGGAAUAACGAACCUGCGCAAGUUCAAUCUGAACAAGAUAAAGAAGCAGGCAUAUAAUCGAGACUUUCCUGCUUUCGACAAUCUCUACGAAGACGGCGCCAUGGCGGGCAAAGCCGUUCUAAGCAGCGCCAAUGAGAUCAUGCGCGUGAUGCAGAUCGCCAACGCUGCUGGAACGUCAGCGGUGCGAGCCGCGCACAUCGCUAGUAUAUCCACCGGCGUUCUGACCGGGCUCUUCGUUGGGAUGGAUAUAUACUUUGUGGCAAAAGACUCUCAUGAGCUGAAAAACGGUGCCAAGUCUGAAUUUGCCGCCAAGAUUAGAGAGGUGGCGGAACAGUUACAAGAGGGUUUGGUGGAACUUAACGGCAUACGGGAAGAACUGCAGUUUAGCAACACUGUAAAAGAAAACCAAGUUCCUCAUGAAAAAACCCUGCAAGCACCUCUGUAAACACUUCUCUUAUUUAAUUACUUCAUCUACACCCAUAAUGGAUACACAGAUAAAAGGUAUCCAUCCAGACAAGCUGUCACUGAAAUUGUACUUUUUUAAGUGCUAAUAUGUACCAUUUUGUAAAGAUAUGCACCUUUAGGUACCUUUUAGUGUACUUUUUGAAAAGGUAUCACCCCAGUGACAACUUUUGUACCUUCUUGUACCUUUUUAUCUGGGAGUGCAAGCACAUUCUGGGGACACCUAAGAAUAAUAUUACAUCUUGAAAAUGCCAUAUAUGGGGACCUUGUUGUGACUUGUUAUUGUACAAAAGAUUUUUUAUGUAUCCACUUUUUGCUGCUUUUAUUAGGCUUAAAGAAUAUGCACUUAUUGUCUGCACAUGUGGUCGCGUCACACCUCACACGUGUAUUUGUGUUUUUUAUGUUUUGCUAAGAUUGUCUAUUUUGGGUUUAAUUGUGUUUAAAUGCCUUUAUGUUGCUGAUAUCUGCACUAAUUGGCAGUGCUGUGGUUGGAUAGUACAGAGUAAGGGGCGGUAUUAUCCUCUUCUGACAUCACAAGGGGGCCAAAUUUAAAUUACCUAUGUUUUACAUGCUUGUAGAGAAUGGUUUACUAAAACUAAGUUAUUGGGUUGAUCUUUUUCACAUUUUCUAGGUUGAUAAAAGCACUGGGGACCCAAUUAUUGCACUUAAACAUGGAAAAAGUCAAAUUUUCAUGGUAUGUCUCCUUUAAAUCCCGGCUAAAGUCUCAUCAUCUAAUAAUGAGAUAAGAACCAUCAAAGUUUGAUUUCACAUUGAUUUCAAUUUUUGACAUGACCAGUCAAUAUUAAAGAAAGAUAGCAAGGUAAUAUUUUCACACAAUGUUCUUUACAUUAUGUAAGAUUAUUUUAUGAAAAAACUGUAAAUCGCCAAAAAAGACUUUAGUUGGGUUUUCAACUACCAUGUUUUUUUUUUUGUAAAAGUGUAGUAACUCUGUUUUUUGGUGUUGACUAUUAGCAAAACCAUUGUUUUACUACACCAUGAUUUAACUAUGUUUUUUUUUUAAACCAUAGUUGUCAAAACCAUGGUUAUUUUGUGGUUACCAUGGUUUUACUAAAGUAACCAUAGUUUUUUUGUUUUAACUGUAGUAAAAUCAUGGUUUUGUAAGGGUAUGGUUUGACUACAAAUAAAAAACUGUCAUAGUUAAAACAUUAUUCAUUGUGUAAUGGUUGUUUAUAUAUAACUUUGUUAAAAUCAUGUCGUCAAAUGUAAAGAAAAUUGCUGAGCAAGCUGCAUGGGUUUGUUUAUUACAUUAAAUAAACAAUAAGCAAGCACACAAUCAACAAACCUGUUAAAUCACAUCAU